AUGACGCCGACCGACGAUGACCGCUUAGGAGUUGCCUUCAACACUGUAUAUCGACACCAAAACUUAAAUACCACGGCGACAGUACAUGUGUAUGUAUGGGUGGACAAGGAGACACGAAACGACCAAGCAGCAGAAAAGGCUGGAAGAAGACGUUUUCGUGGAAUCGACUCGGACGACACGAAGCACGAAGCAGCAGGAAAGGCUGGAAAGGACAAGAGUAGAUUGACGAUCUAUAGUUGUCGACAAUCCAAGCGUCAGGAAAAGGUUGCGCUGGAAUUACGUAGACUGGAAAUUUGCGGAAGCUGGUCUGUGAGAAGGCGUUGGCGAGCAUUGGCAAGCAACGAAAGGCAGAAGCGAGCGGUGCAAAUCAGAAACGUAAAGCGAAUCUGGUACAAAAGGGACGGAAAACUUGGAAGUCGAAAGGAAGGCGAGUCAAGCAGUAUUUUUUGGACGACGUCGGCAAGGAAGUGCCGAGCAACGACAAAAGGCGAGUCAAGCAGUAUUUUUUGGACGGCGUCGGCAAGCAAGUGCCGAGCAACGAAAAAUCAGACGAGAGAAGCAGAUCUUCUGGAAGGCGUCGGCAAGCAAGUGCCGAGCAACAACAAGGAGGCGAGAGAAGCAGAUCUUCUGGAAGGCGUCGGCAAGCAAGUGCCGAGCAACAGCGAGGAGGCGAGUGAAGCAGUUUUCUGGAAGGCGUCGGCAAGCAAGUGCCGAGCAACAAGAAGGAGGCGAGUGAAGCAGUUUUCUGGUGAGCGUCGGCAAGCAAGUGCCGAGCAACAACAAGGAGGCGAGUGAAGCAGUUUUCUGGUGAGCGUCGGCAAGCAAGUGCCGAGAAACGACAAGCAGACGAGAGAAGCAGAUC